GUCACUACCCUAUGGUUUACGUCGCAGCUGUCAAUCAAGACGCAGAGGAGCUACUGCAGGUGCAAAGCUCUGGGCUAGCGACGCGGAGGAGCAAACACUCAUCUCACGAUGGCGUCAGCCAAUGCCACAUAUGGACAGAAGGAGUCCUCAGAUCAGAACUUCGACUAUAUGUUUAAGAUCCUGAUCAUCGGGAACAGCAGCGUUGGGAAAACCUCCUUCCUGUUCCGGUACGCGGACGACUCGUUCACUCCAGCCUUCGUCUCCACUGUCGGCAUUGACUUCAAGGUCAAAACCAUCUACCGCAAUGACAAGAGAAUCAAGCUACAGAUCUGGGACACGGCGGGACAGGAGCGGUACAGGACUAUCACCACAGCCUACUACAGAGGAGCUAUGGGAUUCAUCCUCAUGUACGACAUCACCAAUGAGGACUCCUUCAACGCUGUGCAGGACUGGUCGACUCAGAUAAAGACAUACUCGUGGGACAACGCACAGGUUUUGUUGGUGGGGAACAAAUGUGACAUGGAAGACGAGAGGGUGGUGGCAGCAGACAGGGGCCGGCAGCUGUCAGAUCAGCUCGGUUUUGAGUUCUUCGAGGCCAGCGCUAAGGACAACAUCAACGUGAAGCAGACGUUUGAGCGUCUGGUGGAUAUCAUCUGUGAGAGGAUGUCCGAGAGCCUGGACAACAAUGACCCGACAGUGACAGGGGCCAAACAGGGGCCCCAACUCAACGAGCAGCCGCAGAGAUCCCAUCAGGACUGUGCUUGUUAGGCCAAGUCCCACUCUCACUACACAACACAUUCUAUUGUACCGAGGUCUGCAGUGGACAAAGAAAAUCUGCACUAAGUAACGGGGCUGUAGUCAAGUAAAGAAAUUCUUGGUCGUCGAAGACUUGUCCUGCUGCUCAGUUGUUCAACUAAAAAGGGAACACUCCAAAUUAUUCCACAUCUCUAUGUAUCUGACAGCCCUCACAAGACUACACCUGCACGGGAGUUCAUGCAAAAACUACUAUUCAUGCAGAAAAAAGUACUAGGAAUGUCAACUGUAUUUAUAUGAAGACAGACUAAACUUGUAAAUCAUGAGUUUAAUCUGUUUUACCAAAUGUAGUACCAAAUCUUCAGCUAACUCACUCACUUCUCCUUUUUGCUGUUUGUCUUAUUCUUAUAAUGUAAAUAAAAUGAUCAGUCGCUAGUAGGACAAUAUCGACUGAUAAAUCGACAAAACGACCAAAGGACUACUGCACUACUCGGUAACCACUUUUCUAUCAAUUGUUGACAGUGAUUAAAAAGUAGGACCGUGGCCAUAGCAAUUAACAAUUCAGAACUAAAUACAUUUAUUGACGGAUCAAAAGUCCUGAAAAAAUAAAAAAUAAAAUCUCUAUCCACUGCAGACCUCCUUGUCCCCUCGCACACAGAGACACAUAUUGAAACACUGCCAUGACAAACACACAAGCUGCUACAUCUCCUGUCCACUUUCCCCUGGUUUGACUGUGUCCAAGAAAUCCGCCUGACUCAAACACUACGCUGUACUGUGCCGAGGGCCAUGGGCACAACAAAACAUGUCGGGGCACCCACCAUUUUAAAGAGGCAUUGCGUAACUUUUCUGGUAGAGGGUCAGCUGCCUGCUUGUCUCCAUGAAGAAUGUUGUGGAUACUUUACAGCUAAUGUCAUCAACAUUCCCUGGGGUUGUGAUGCUAACUGUAGGCAUUGCCUGUCUGAAGCUUUUUUACUCAAGUUAGACUUUAAUCUGAGCUUCAUUUUAACACAAUCUGACCAUAAAGAACUUAGUUCAAACUACCACAGGUAGCUAAUUUGUGCUGUUAAACAAGUCCCUCUCAAAUAUCUUAUAGUCACAAGCUAGCUAGCAUUAGCCAACAGGUUUUCAGUUAGUCACUCUCACCUUUUUUGUUGAAAAUCAGACACCUAAACAGGACCAGAAACACUCGUAUUAAUCACAGGCUCCUGAAAAUGUGUCACUUAAAGCCCUUUUGUAUGUUUUUUGACAGUGUUUGCUAAUGUGUGAAUUGUGUCACCAUGGCAACUGCUGAAAAUUCUGUGAUAGACAUGUCUUUGAAUGUAUUUUUAAGCAAUGAAAAAACAUGUAAUUGAAUCAAUAAUUGAUGGCUAAGUUUAUGCCGCAAUGUGGAACAUUCCUAGUAACCCUAACCCAGGCAGUAGUGUAACCUAAACCAGAAAAGUUGCGCAGUGCACUUUUAAGUGUUCAUCGCUAUGCUGUUUUUAUCAUUUUGUGGUUUUUGAUCAUGUGACCUGUCUUUCCUGGUGUUGUCGAAGUCUGGGUCAAAGUUAGAUUUUGCUUUCAAUGGCAAGAGUCGAGAUAACGCAGGUAAAAUUCUGCAUAUAAGAGUCUGUGAAGAUGGACAGAGGUCCGGCCGAUCAUUGUAGAGUGAGGGCGACUUAUGUGAUGUAGUUUUCACUGAAACAUCUGUUUAGAUUCGUUGCUAACCUAGUACCUAGUGGGGUUAUCAAAAGUAUUGAAAGUUAGAUACUAGAUGCUCAUUUGAUCAGGUAUCAAUACUACAAAUGUCACAUUCACAGGACAGAAAUGAAUCUUUCCUGAGUAUCUUUAGAAUGAUCUUGAGCUGUAUCAGAACAAGUAUAAGACACAUAGAUUAGUAUACACACAUGGACCACUGUGGAACUUACAUGGACGAUUGAGGGAUCACACAGAUAUAAUGCCACAUGGGAAUAUGAAACAAAGUACUAUUUAAUGUUGAAAAUCACAUUCUAUUGUCUAAAGAAAGCAUUUUAAAUUUAGUAUCAUGACAACACUAAUCAAGGUGUGCUUGUCUAAAUUGCUUUGUGUUGCUUAGAUUUGGGCAGAGAGGAAAAAAGCAAAAAAACAAAAAGAAGGCAGGCAAGAAGACAUUUGAGGAUGGAGGAAAGGAAGGAGAGAAAUGGCACAUGUAUGUAUCAAUUAAAUUUAUCAAUUAAAACCAUUGAUAAUCAGCAUACAUGUUAUAAAGGGUUUUCAUGUUAACAGGGAAUUAUCUCUUGACCAUUUUAAUGUUUAUAGAAACUUACUUAGUGCGUACUGUACCUCUGUCCAUCUCUAACUAGUCUAAAUUAGUGGAAUGGAACUCAACAGUCUUGCCCACCUCCAAAUCUGUUCUGAUUCCCAAAUUAAUUUUCCAUUGAUUUUUUUUUUUUUUUUUUUUUUCAUAUACAAAAAACUCGUAUAUUAAGAAUUCAAAGGUAUCAUGAAGGCUAACCUGCUAUGUGCUUACUAAUGUCCAUAACAUAGUUGUUUUAAGUCCAAAAAGCACGUUUAUAAUGCAAGAUUCUGCGAGAUUUUACAUAAGAUUAUAGGUUUUGUGGUCAUUAGUUAAUACAUAGCUGAUUCUGCCUGAGGUUUCAAACUUUACGUUUUUAAAUCAAAGUCUAUGGGACAAAUGAAUGGGAAAUUCGCUUCUGGAACCAGGAGGUUGGUGGUCACUGCUCCAUUCUCCUAGACAAAAACAUUGAGAAAAUCUGUUGAACUACUGCUUUAACAUUCGGCAUUCUUUUACGUUCCUUUUUUAUAAGUCCAGAUAUAAAAUUAUGAGAUUUAAUGUAAACUUUUGAAAGCAUAUAUAAUAGAAAUAUAUUUGGCGCGAGUGACUGUUUCUGUGUGGAUAAGGCAUGACAGUAGUCGGGUUUCCAUGCGUGAAGUUAUAUUCGAGCAUUAUAAAGAACAUAUUUAUUUAACAAUGUAUUUAUAAUAAACUGUAACUGUAUGUGAUCAUUAGUGUGUAAAUGUCAUUGGAUUCACCCCAUGGAAACCCUUAUGUUACGAUUUUGAUUGAACUUUUGCUUUUCAGUUCAAAAUAUGAACAGGGGAGGGAUUUUGCUUCUCAUGAUUCACAGCUAUUUAUUUUGUACUAUUUAUUUAGCAGUAUUCUUGCUCCAUUGCACUGUACAUUUCAGAGCUUUUUUUUUUUGAAUGUGGCGUUCAGAUUCAGUAGUAUCAAGGCUUUAAAAGUAUCGUGUUUACAGCGCUGUACAUUCCAGUGUCUCGUAUCGUAUCACGAGCAGCGCGGAGGUUUUGUUUGUCUUUUGAUAUGAGCCACGUGACGUCAUAAAGCAGAGCAGACUGUUCUUCUUCCAGAGCAAUAGCCCAGGAGUCUGCAACCAUUGUCUCAAGAGGAGCCACAUGCGGCUCCUUAGAGUCUGUGGUGCCACUGGAAUAAAAAGUCUACAGUGUUUGUAGCACCAGAGGGUAUUUACUUUAUUUAGAACAACAACAAAACUGUGUCUAAAGUCAUAAAAAGUAACUCUGAUUUUACUAUAAUGUUAAUUUGGUGAGAAUAAAGAUUAUGUUUAAGUUGCUGGGUUAUAAUUACACAUUAAAUGCACCAGAACGCAGGAAACUACAUCAUUUACUUUAAAGUUUCCUGGGUUCCCUGAAACUUGCAAUAAAUCCACAUUUAUAGAUACAAAAUGCUAUAUUUACUUGACAGCAAACACUUGACAUACUUCUUUUACCUUAAUUUUAAUCAGUUUGUCUCGCCCCUUGCAUUGAAAUACUUGCAACUUUUUCUGACUUUUAUGUGGUUUGAAAUGGGCCAAUGUGGCUCUUUUGCUGUUAAUGGUUGCAGACGCCUGUCCCUCUCCACACCGAGUAUCCAUGGCACAGACUGUCACCGGAAGACCAAAGACGAGCAGAGCCCAGGUGUAGCAAAGGGGAAAGCGUUUGACCUACUCUGAACACUUUUGACCUCCUCUGAACACUUGAUGCUUGAUUUCUAUGUUUUUGUUUUCGUUUGGUCGUUUUUAUUAUUUGGGUUUUUAUUGCGUUUUUGCUACAGCUGUGAAUUGUCCAUCCCUUUCAGUGUAAAUAGUAAUUUCUGCCCCCUGCUGGGUGUUAGUUAAAUUGUGUGAAAUGUGCUGUAAUUCUGAAAUGCUGAAUAUUUGUUUAAAAAAUAAGGAUUAUAUCAAAGAAUAAAACUAACAGCUGGAAACUGU